AUGGUCGCCGAGACGGACCCUUAUCUGCCGGAAAGCCCUACUUUGCUGGCUCUACCGUCCAGGGCCUACGAUGUCUUGAUCUCGGACAUCGAUCAAGGCGAAUUAAUAAAUAUUGGGGAGCAAUACCAGCCGACGAAUCUAUCCAGUGCCGUCUUCCCCACAAUUCCUUUUCCCGUGUUGGGAAGAGUACAUGGCAAAAACCAACGGCUCAUGGUGCCGCUUGUUUGCCAGCACGCUGGUGGGAAAAAAUCACCGAGUCUAAAUGUAUGGUUCAUCGUGGAUACAGGUGCACCGUACACCUAUCUGACCGUACAAACGAUCGAAAAGCUGGUCGGACAGGGCUUCACCAACCACACACAUAACAUAAUGAUUCAAGACCAAAGGACCUAUGUGGAGUGUGAGAUUUCGAGGGGGCACUUUACAGAUGUCAAUGUUCUGGGCAUUGAUGCGAUUCAAGAGCUAGAGAUCUCAAUAAUUUUCCAAUGGAAAGUGUCUAAAAAGAUGUUCUAUCUUGUGAGACUC